GAGAGAAAUAGACUAGAGUAGAGGCGUUAGCAAUGGCUGCUCGCAGUGUGUAAAGUGCCAUCGCGCGUUGCAGAGAAGGAAACAGGCCGGGGUUUCAGCUCCGGGUUGUUUCGCAGUUUUUUUAGUUGUUCAGUGUAGGAAUCAGUCGAGCUGUAUAAUUAAAAAAUUAAUCUUUAAAGAGCAGAGUUUUGAUAAGCAGCAGUUUUAAUCAUUAAUCAUAGUAUCCCCAAGAUUAAAAUCAUCCCAAAGCAAGAAAGUGUGUGUUUGAGUGUGUGUCUGUGAGAGAGUGAGUGUGUAUACAAGUCAAUUCUGCCCACAUCUCUCGGUUUUUUUUCUCUCCUCCACACCGUCGUCGUCGUCGUUCGUUCGUUCUCUUUCACAAAAUAACAAAACAGAGUUCUCUCUCUCCUCCCUUUAUUCGACUUCCGUUUUCGCUUUUGCUGCUGUUUUGUUUUUCUAAUCGAAACUGUGGAAGACAUAGAGGCGACCCAUUCUUCAUUCAAUUUCCUUCUCUUGAUUUUUCUUCCUCCCGGCGUCUCUCUCCCCCCUCUAUCCAUCUCUCGACUGUAAUCCGAGACACACACACACACAAACUCGGGUCAGUUUUUAUUCCUUUUCGACUCUUCUCUCACUGGAACACGAGGAACGAAAUAGAAAUCGCGUGUUGGUCAUCUUUUCUUUUUUCGAAUAAAAAAAAAAGGAUCUUCUAAAACCCGAGUCAUCGACCUCGUGUAACUUUGGACCGGGCAGGUGCCGUGAACAGGAAUCGAAUUAACCAACGUGGCCAUACCUUUUGAUUUAUUUCUAACCACAUAUAAAAAGUAUCGACUAAAAUGGACAACAUGGACGCUCAUUCGCAAUCGCAGCACGGCGAUAACACCACCGAAGUACCCAACGAUCCUGGGAAAAUGUUUAUCGGCGGUCUCAGUUGGCAGACGAGUGCCGAAGGCUUGCGCGAAUAUUUCAGCAAAUUUGGCGAUGUGACGGAAGUGAUGGUCAUGAAAGAUCCCACCACUCGUCGAUCCAGGGGGUUCGGGUUCGUGACGUUCGCCGACGCCGCCUCUGUGGACAAAGUGCUCGCCUCAGCUCCGCACGAGCUCGACGGCAAGAAGAUCGACCCCAAAGUUGCAUUCCCCCGCCGAGCUCACCCCAAGAUGGUGACCCGGACGAAGAAGAUCUUUGUGGGCGGACUCUCUGCACCAUCGACGGUCGACGACGUUAAAAACUACUUUGAGCAAUUUGGACGGGUAGAGGACGCCAUGUUGAUGUUCGACAAGCAAACCAACCGACACCGGGGUUUCGCCUUUGUGACGUUCGAGAGCGAGGACGUCGUGGACAAGGUCUGCGAGAUUCACUUCCACGAGAUCAACAAUAAGAUGCAGGUGGAGUGCAAGAAGGCGCAACCGAAGGAGGUGAUGCUUCCAGUGAACGCGGCCCGCGGAAGAGCCGCCACCCUGCGAGCCGGCUACGAUUUGGUGUGGUCCUUGGGCGCUCUGCAAGAAGGACUUCCAGCUGCCUACGCGGCCGCCUACGCCGGACGUGGUUACCCGGGCUACGCUAGUUUUGGACUGCCUUAUCCAGCCGGUUAUCCAAGUUAUGGAUAUUUCCCGGCCGCCGCGGCCGGAGCGGCUGGUCCAGCUAAUGGGAUGGCCGGCGGUGGAGGCGGUCCUGGUGGUGGAGGUGGUGGGGGCGGCGGUGGCGGAGGCAACUCGCACGCUGCCGGCCUGAGCGAAGUGUCUCAGCAUCGGAACGGCGCGGCCAGUGCGGGCCAGCCGACGGGAGCAGGGGGAGCCACGUAUUACGAUUACUCUGGCGGUCACGGCCAUCACAAUGGCGUCGCUGCCGGCCCGGCCGCCUUCCAUCCACGCGGCCACCACCUCGACCACCAACACAAUGCUCAUCAGGCCGGUAACAUGGCCAAUUCGCCUUUGCUACGCGACGCCUACACGGCCCGCUCAGCGAUGAUCAGCAGUUAUCCGCAGAGUUACGUGCCGCAAUCGCAAGUAGGCGGCCGUUCGUUUCCGCCUUCGUUGGCCGCUGGACUCGGUCACGGACACGGCGGCCAUCACAACCCGAACGCGUCGCCCGGACCCGCCGGUGAUGUCGGCCUCUACGACGGAUCGCUGCCCGGCUACACGGCGGCCGCCGUAGCCGCAGCCGCCGCCGUCUCUGCCGCCGCUGGAUCGCAUCAGACGGCCUUGGCUCGGUUGUUGUCACAUUCGUUCUCGCAGGGUACGCUGAUUCCGACCCACUACACCAACGGCUACCACUAAACAUUGAAGAUGCAAAACAACUUUGGACAUUUAUCGUGUCCGGGAUGCGCCAUUUUCUUUUUUUCAAUUCUUUUUUUCGUCUGAAAAUGUUGCGGAUGACGGACAAAUGACAAGGAAAAAUGAAGAUGAUGGGAGGAGAGAAAACACGCGACAUCAAAAGAAAUGCGGACAAAAAAAGAAAUUCUAAUAAUAAUAAUAAAAAAAAAGGGUCGGACAUUUUUAUUUUAUUUUAUUUUAUUUUUUUCAGUUACCGUUCCCGGUCUAUUUUGAUUUGCCAAUGUUUCGGGAUGAUCGACUCUGACAUCAUUUCCCCCUUUUUUUUUAUUUUAUUUUCUUUUACUAUGUACAUCCUGUCCCGUGCAUUGGGCGGGAUAAAGUAAAAGGGAAUCCCCCAAUCGCCUCCCCCUCCCCCCUAACCUUGUUACAUCUUUUUUUUUUUUUGCAUAUUGACAAAAGACUUAUUGAUCCUCCAUUUAACAAUAGCUUUUCAAACCUCUCUCUCUCUCUCUUUGACGUAGUCGUAGCCAAAAAGGUAGUGGCGAAAUCGGGAACUAAACAACAUUUUUGGGUCCCGUCAUUUUUGAUUUGAUUUUGGAUUCAACAAUCUGGCCGAACCAGCUCUCGUAGUCGACGAUGGUAGAUUUAAAAAAAAGAAGAAAGAUUAAAAAAUGCUUAUUCUUAACGUAGUCUUUAUUUAGAUUUUUAAAAAUGAUUUCGAUUUGAUGUUAGAUUUCAUUCGAUCAAAUCAUUUUUUUAUUUUUUCUUGCCCGAACAUUGACCCCAUCCUCCGUACUCAUUUUUUUUUUUAAGGACAAAAACCAAAAGCCAAAAAAAAAAAACCAGAAAAUUUUUUUGAUUUUGGUUUUUAACUUUUUUUUUAAAUAACGCAGGCCAUAUACUCCCCCCAUGUAUUCGAAGAAGUUCGUGUGUUGUGCGUUUUUUUUUUACUUGUCAAUCUCUUUCACGUUUUGUUCGUUCGUCCCCCCAAAAAAUUCGGGAAUUUUAAUUUUUUUUUCCCGUUUGUUUCUGUUAUUCAAAUUUCCCCACCCCUAAUGAGAUGUAAACAAAAAUAUUUUUUUUUUCACUUGGCCUUGAUUCGAAACACUUUGAAACCGAACGAUAGAAUUUGUGGCGUGAGCAGCAGCCAAAAAAAAAAACUCGAAAUUGAAUGGCAGCUAAAUAAGUAAUUUAUUUUAGCUCCUUUUUUUUAAAAUUUUUUUUUAUUCUCUUGUUUUUUACUCCUUAAUUGGGUUAGGAAAACUGACGACAAAAUCGAUCCACCUGCUCUAGAAAAAAAAAAUCAAUUGAAACAAAGUUGACCAUUUUUUUUGUUGUAGUGCCAAUCUACUCCGCCCCCACCUCAGCCGCGUUGCUUUAAAAAACAAAUUCUCUUGGCGGCAACCGAUUGAACGGGAAAAGAACUCCACUACAAAAACAAAAACAAAAACAAAAGAAGAAUAUCGAAAAACGACGAAGAAAACGAAGCAAAGGAAAAGUUUUUUUCAGGUGUGUCACAAAGGUCACGUGACUUUUACUACCGACUGUGAUAGGCGGAACCAACGCCUUCUCUCUAGUAAAAACUAGCAGCUAGAGUUGAGUAACAGCAGUAAUAGUAGCUACGAGGUUUAUUUUCAAAAACAUUUUCUUUUUAUUUUCUCUUAUUUUUUUUUUUUUUUUAUUUUGAUUUUUUAAAAUCAUUUUCCGUUACGCGCGUUCAUUCAUCAUUCUGUCUAUUUUGCAUUUCCUCCUUGUGACUGACUCCGCCUCUUUUGCAGGGAGGCAAAUGAUGACAAUUGGAAUUGAAGAAACGCAUUUUUUUAAAAUUUUUUUUAAAUUGCAGAAAUUGCAAAAAUCUAAAGAAAAGAUAACCCGUAGAUGUAAAAGCAGAGAAAUGUUUUUCUUUUUGUUUUCAUUUUUUAAACUUCAACGGAUAAAUUGACACUUUUUUUUAAUUUUUUUUUUUUUUUUUUUGCCAAACCGGAAGACAUUUAAAAAAAAACAAAAACGAAUAGGAUGUUGUUGGUAGUCGUUUCUCGAUGUAGAGCAGAAAAAAAAAACUAAACAAAGUAGAUCAGAAAAACAGAGAAUUUUUAACGAAAAAACAAAAAACAAAAAACAUCAAACAAAUGUUUACGAAACCCAAUUUUUAUAUUUUCGUGUUUUUUGCCGUGUGGUUAUUUCUCCCGAAACAAAACAAAACAAAAAAAAAAUUUCACGCAUUUCAUUUGCAGCCUGAACACAAAAAAAAUCGAAAAAAAAAACAAAAAAACAUUAAAGAUUUCAAAUGACUUGCGCCAUACGACAAGAGGAAGUGAUUUUAAAAAAUGUUCAUCAUCUCUCAAAAAUUAUUUGAAAUUUUUUUUUGAAUUUUUUUGAAUUUUAUUAGGACGAGUUAAUUCAUUCGCAAGGGUUUUUUUUGCAGGGAAAUUGAAAAAUGGUUUCCAAUCUUUAAAAAAAAAAUCUUUUUUUUUUUUUAAAUUAACUAUGCAAAAGGAAACCACGUUAUAAAUUUACAAAAAAUCGAAUGUGUUUUUUUUUCUAAAAAAAAAGGUAGUAACUUAAAGGAAAAAUUUUUAAAUAGAUUUUAGUCGAAAAAAAGAAAGAAUAUAAGAUCCUCUUCGUGUGUGUGAAAUCAGAGAAACGUUUGAAGGCACCGAUUUCAAAAAAAAAAAAAUUUGUUUCCCCCCACCCCCUCCCAAAAAAAAAGGAAAAAGACUCGGAAUUUGAAAGUGAGCGUCUUACAAACAAAAAAAACACACCGCCUUUUUGAUUCGUCAAGAAAAGAAAAGAAAAAUUGACAACGUUGUUUGAUUUCAAAUUUUCUCGCGCCAAAAAAACAUUUUUAAAAAAUUUUUUUCUUUAUUAUUUUAAUUUUUUUCGCUCUUCGAUCUCGUCACCAGAAGACAUAUUUUGUGCGUUUAUGUAAUAUUCAAUUAAAAAAUUCUCUACAAACGAAAAGAAAAAUGACCUCUCCUUUUUUUUUUAAAUUUUCCUCUCUUCCCUCUUGAUCCUUCGUUAGGUGAACCUUUGCGUUUAGUGUGGCCGCAUCAAGUCAAAUGGAAAAAAAAAAAAAAUCCCGAUGAUGACGAAAAAUUAAAUUAGCAUAACAAACAAGAAAAGAUGAACGAUUUUUUUUUUAUUAUUGGAUCGUCGAAACAGAAAGACCUCCCCCAACCGUUUCUUAUUUUCUUUUUUUCUAAUGAAAUUUUGAUUUGCCAAAUUGUGUUUUUUUCUUUUCUACUAAUUUGUUGUGACUUUGAUUCAAUCAGUUGGGAGAGGUGUUUUUUUUCUGUGUCGUGUUCAAUAACAAAAGGACGGAUUUUUUAAUUAUUUUUUUUAUUAUUUUAAUGAAGAAGAAGAAAAAAAUUGUAGUUGGAAAUUUGCGGCCGGUAGCUAUUCCUCCUCCACAUGUUUGGUUUUUUUCUUUUUCUCUUCUUUAUUCAUGGCAAUAAUUCAUUCGAUUUGAUGACCAUUUUGAAAUCUUGUUUUUUGUUUUAUUUUUUUAAUCUUUCUCCCCAUUAUCAUCCCUCAAAGAAAAGGUUGAAAUUGUUGAUCAAUUAUGCGUUUGUUUGUUCCAUUUUUUUGGCCUCGUUUGUCCUUUCCUCGUUUGCCACCUCAGAAAUCAUUUUGUGCGUCAAAGCCACUGCCUUCCCAUCCCCAAUGUUUCGUAACGGAAACCGCCAUGGUGGGAAGGGGCGAGGCUCAUUUGCAUCAGUUCUUGCCCGAAAUAUAAACGACCACCACCGCCACUCGACUGACAUGUAACAACAAACAAACACACAAUCUCCUGAAAUCGAAUCGCGAAUUUUAAUUAACCCCUCCUCCUUUGUAAAACCUCAGGAUUGUUCAACUUCCCCCCUGAAAAAAAAAAAUCGAAAUUUUUAAUUUUAUUUUUAUUAUUUUUUUUUCGUUUGACAAAAUGUUUGUUGUGUGUGUGUGUGCGCCCCCGUGUGUGUUUGUUAUUCUUUUCGUUCGUGCGCGCGUGCGUGUGUUUCACAUUUGUUAAAACACGAACGAUCAUGUUUUCUUGGGUGUUUUUUUUUUUUUUUUUGUCUAUUCAUUAACCAAUUUCUCUUCCCUCUUUCACCCCUAAAUGAAUUUUUCAAGAUGCAAAUUUAAACAAAAACAAAUGAAUUAUUUUUUUCUUUUUAUUUUUAAUUUUUUUUUUCGGUUGCCAAAUGCGUUUGCAAAUUAACAAAAAAACAAUUACCUUAUUUUAUUUUUUUCCUUUUUAUCCUCAAACCAUUUUUUUUUUUCGAAUGUUAAACUCUACAUUUCGUUUGAUUUUUCUCUCUCUCUCUCUCUCUCUGUUUGGUGGUAAAACUUGUUUUCCUUUUUUUUUUGUGUCUCCUCCUCCUAUCCUCCAUGCCGUUUGUUGAAAAUGAAUGGGCAAUAAAAUUGACAGCAAUAA